AAUUUCGAAUAUUAUUACUCCAGAAAGAAAGAGAGCAAAGAGAACAGGAUCACUCUUUUCAAAAAGUAGUACACAUAAAAAGACGUUAUAUUACUAAAGAAACUUAAGCUGCGGUACAAUGCAGAAGUGGAAACCCAGGCCCAUCAUAACUACGCCCAAGAACUCUAACUAGAUACAAUCCGCCCACAAUUUUCUUCCCGGCCCAUACCCACAUCAAUGUUCCCAUACCCCACCGCCCACAAAAUUGUUCAACUUGUUUUGGUGGGGUGCGCCUGGCCCUGGCAAUAGUGCAACGCCUGGGCGACGCUCGAAGGCCCCAGUAGCAAGCUACUGUAAUGGACCCUCCCCCUUAAAAAAUUAAUUUAAUAUCAUGUGAACCAAUGACCCACGUAUCAGAUAUUAAACUGAUAAGAACAGAUACUACACUUGAUCUUAGCCAAAAGGCCGAGAAAGGACGAGACCUAUCAACCAUAAAUAAGGCAAUUGCCGAUCCCUUUGCUUCCUCUCCUGCUGUUUUUAUUACCACUUCACCUGUUUCUGGACCAUUUCUAGCUAACAGCUCAUGACAAGUGGUCUAAACCCAACAUUAAACCCAACAUUAAACCCACCACACAUGUAAUAACCCACACCAGCCUGGUCUACUUCAUGUUGGUUUUGUAACAAAAAGCCUCUCACAAUCAUGCUUCAUGAUUUGAAGAAUGUGAUUUUCAGAAAAAAGCAGAGCUUUUUAGGGAUUUGGGGACGAUGAAGAUAAAGUUGUGGCCUUUGUGAGGGUGAUUUUGCUUUUAAAGCUUUUGAGAAAGAGAACAACUGAGAAUGAUACUUUCUUUUGGGUCCCAGUCAAAUUUCAUCGCCUGGCUUCUUGAGCUCAUUCUGAUCUCCUGUGAAAGAUUGAGGCUUUUCAGUAAGUUUUGAGUUUUUUUUUCUUGGGUUAUUCUUACAUUAGGGAUUUUCUAGUUGACUUGGCACUAGGUUUUGGAUGUCUUUUGAUGUGAGUUGGAGAUAAAGAUGAAAUCUUUGAGCAGUGUGGGACUUGGGUUGAGCAUAGUUUUUGGGUGUCUUUUGUUGGCUUUGGUGGCUGAGUUAUACUACUUGUUGUGGUGGAAGAAGAAGUUUGUAAACAGAAAUGUUGAAAAUGACUACAUCAAUCCAGCCAGGGAGUUCUUGUGCAUGUUUUGUUGGAGAAGGGCAUCUUCUUCUAUGAGCCACAAGCACUUGAAUCCCCAAGAAAUUAGAAUCAGAGAUACCCUUGUUCAGGACACAGAGCACUCAAACAAGGAUUUGUUGCUCAAACCAUUUGGGGAAGAUAGCUUGGAAACAGAGCUCAACAGGCUGCACUGCCUUGGACCACCGAGGUUUCUCUUCACGAUCAUAGAAGAAACGAAGGAGGAUUUGGAAUCUGAAGAUGGAAAAAGUAGGAAAGGGUCAAGAGGAAGAAGCUUGAGUGAUUUUAUUCUCACUAUGGAGACCCCAUAUCUAACUCCUAUUGCAUCCCCACCAUUUUUCACACCUCCACUUACUCCCAUGGCUUUGGAGUCCUCUUAUACUCAACAACAAGGAUUCAAUCCUCUCUUUGAAUCAACAACAGAUGCAGAGUUCAACAGGAUAAGGUCAUCUCCACCCCCAAAGUUCAAGUUCUUGCAGGAUGCAGAAGAGAAACUCCAGAGAAGAAAACUGAUGGAAGAAACUGCAAAAAGUGAUGGGUUGGUUCAAGAGACUGGAAGCAGGACGCCUAGUUCAAUGUUUCUCAAAGAUGAAGAAGAUGGGUCUUUCAUCACAAUCAUUGUUGACAAGAACAAAGAGAGAGGGUUUCUUCACCAAAACCAUCAUCAUCAUCCUCCACAAUUUCAUUCAAGUACUUCUCAGGUUCUUCCUCUUUCUUCUUCACCUUCAAAGUUCAAGCCACCAGUCACAAACAAAGUGAAAUGAGUUCAUUUUUUUUUUUCCUACUAAUUGUAUUAGCUCUUUAAUUAAUCCUCCUAGUUUUGUUUUUACUUUUGACGAGUGUGGUAUUAUGAAUCUUAUGAGGUGGGAGACAACAUUCUGUGUAAGCAUGAUGUUGUUGAUGUAGUAAAAUGCAGAAAGAGGGGGACGUGUGGGGGUUAUUUGUUUUAUUCAAUCUCCAUGUCUCCUGAACUGCUUGAUAUCUGUAAUCAUUCUUGUUUGAAUAAAGGAUGAAUAUGACU